CGAUCGUGGGCUAAGUCAAAUCCAGUUAGGUAACGCCAAUCAUAAGAGUCGUCUCUAUUCUCCCUGCUGCCAUUUUCCCAUUCAUAACGCAUCUUUAAAAUUUCGUUUGUGGUCACAUACACCGCUCGCUUACUCGUAGUAAAAGCUCCCUUUCGUCGACUACCUUUGCUUUCGGUAAACCGUUUUCUUUCGAAUACCAAAGAGUCAAUGGCACGUGGUGAUAGCCACGCAGGAUACCUGGAAUUUUUAGUGUGGCUUGUUCUGCUGUCGGCACAGUGCGAUGCGUGGCAGGUAUGCUUCACGGACAAGUCUUGGAUGGAAUUCGGUUCCUACAACGCAACGCUGGGAAGCCAUUAUCAGCAGUGCUUCGACCCAGCUGAUCGAGCCACUCCGGAUGAGGUCCCGUUCAUAACGCCUGUCCACCACACAACACUGAUUCUUAUGACCGAGGUCGGCGAAAGCGUAUCACUUGCAGGGGACGUUCAACCUCCAAACGUACAACACCCGAAUUCCUUCCUGCUGACCCAUGAGCCAUUGAAAGACACGGUGGUCACCAGUGAAUACUGUAUUCUCCUGCUCAUCGACUGCCAAUCAGUUGAUCCGUCUGAGCUUGAUCGACAUGAAAUGGAUCUGAUCGUCACCCAGCUAGGUGAUACGGAAGGAGGAAACACAGCAACAACAUUACCACUCAGUGUAGAUAUCUACUGUAACCAAACAGGGAGCACACUUCCGGCAACAGUUUCUACGGAGAACUGCAUUGCUCCAGCGAUCAGCAAGCAAGCGCAGGAGAAUGCCAUUCGACUGUCAACCACCCAAUCCACCAGAACCACUGGCUUGGACUCCAGCCAUCCUGACAGUCCCCUGCAGUUCGCAGCUACGACGGGAACCACUACGACGUUCUCCAAUGCAGCCGUUUUGCCCUGCUAUAGCGCCAUUUUCUACACGUCUAUUGCUGCGUCCUAUUGCAUUGUUCUUUUCCAUUGAAAGCUGCUGUUGGCUUAUCUUCACCCCUUCAUUCCUCCUUCGCCCAUCCCCUUCUCUUCCCGAUAAUUGGUGCUCUUCGGCAUCGCUUCCCUCAAUGAUCGACAAUUGGACCCCCACACCUCUGUUAAGUCCAUCAACACCGACAAUGACAAGUUUUAGUUUAUAGUUUCUCCAUACCGUGAUCCAUGAACAUCACCUCUUAUCAUCUGUCUCAUUGUAAAUAGUUCCCCCUUAAACACACAUCCAUUCUCGUUCUC